AUGGGGAGAGCCGGAAAAAUGUCGUUUUUUGUCACGGAACGGGGUCGUGAAAUCGUUUUCUAUGGCGCUACAACACUCACAGUGGGACUGUUUGCAGGACACUACUUUCCUCAUUCGAUUUGCAUAUCCUACUACAAGGAAUUCGUGCAAUCAUAUAAAAAUGGCGAAGAGAGAAAACUAUCAGAAAAACUUGAACAGCGAUAUAAAAAAGCACUAACUCUACUGGAUCUGUCCGAGUUUGAAGCGAAGUUUGCAAAACCAUUCAUGGUGUACGGAUUUGACGUGUUUAACGCAGGCUCGUUUAAAACGCGAUACGGAGCAUAUGUUGGAAUACCUUCGAACUUCGAGUACGACAGUGCUUCAGCGAUUGAUCGGACUGAUAUUAAAAUCCGUAAUCAGCCGAUCGAUUGGAGCUCGGAAGCCGGUCAUCUACUUGAAGACGCACUGGUGCUACGUGAAGACGAGCAGGUGUUUGGAAUCGCACGUGAACUACUCACGAUGAGGACACACAAAUCUCUCAUACAAUCGGUGAUUCCGGCCGUCUCGUGGAUGUUCACCUACAGCCUGGCUUCGCAGCUGAAUGAGCGCUGCAACUUCUACACCCGGCCACGAUCGUUGCGACUCGUACUUUACACAAUUUGCGGCUUACUUGGGUUCGGCAUUUACUCGUUCUCGACCGAUAUGACCGAAAUCUACUACGAAACUAACGUCGAUAAGCAGAUGGCUGAACUGGGUCCGGAUGUGAUUAAUUCCGGCGCAAGGUUCUACGAUAAAAUACUUAAGAAAAAUGUCGCCAUUCGUAAGCUUACCGGGGAGAACUACUACACGGCGAAAGGUAACGUGAAUUACCUGAUUCGUCAAAAAGCGGCACCAUUGACAUUGCGGAAGGAGUUUUUCCAAUCGGGCUAUAAAGAUUUCAUCGGUACGAAGGAAACAAGCUGAAUGUCUUCUUCGGCUAGUAGUACUUUAGUUUGAAAUAAAAUAACUAGUUGAAACGUAUUUGUUGUGACUUCCAUUUUGCAAUGAACACGUGUU